CCCAUGGUGUAGCCGCCAAGCGGAGGCAUGGCUGCCGGAAGGUUACUGCUCUAUACGGGCCUCUCGCUAGCGCUCUGCGCCCUCGGCAUGCUGGCCGUGGCCAUCUGCUCGGACCACUGGUACGAGACGGACGCCAGGAAGCACAGGGACAGGUGCAAGGCCUUCAACACCCGCCGGGUCGACCCCGGCUUCAUUUACAACAACAACAACAACUUGCCGCUCCGGGCGAGCCGCUCCCGCCUGGACCGCUGGGAGGGCAAACUCCUCCGGGCCCGGAAUCGCCGGCAGCUCUUCGCCAUGAGCCCGGUUGACGAGUGCAGCCGGCAGUACAACUCCACCAACAUGGGCCUCUGGAGGAAAUGCCACCGGCAGGGCUUCGACCCCGAGAUCGCAGCCCUCAUUCGGAAAGGAGAAAUUGAACGAUGCACAUACAUCAAAUACCACUACUCCUCAGCCACCAUCCCCAGGAACCUCACUUUCAACAUCACGAAGACCAUCCGUCAGGAUGAGUGGCACGCCCUUCACCUGCGCAGGAUGACCGCCGGCUUCAUGGGCAUGGCGGUGGCCAUCAUCCUCUUCGGCUGGAUCAUCGGCGUGCUGGGCUGCUGCUGGGACCGGGGCCUUAUGCAGUAUGUAGCAGGGCUUCUCUUCCUCAUGGGAGGAACUUUCUGCAUCAUAUCACUGUGCACCUGUGUGGCUGGAAUCAACUUUGAGCUGUCACGCUACCCACGCUACCUGUAUGGACUCCCCGAUGACAUCAGCCAUGGAUACGGAUGGUCCAUGUUCUGUGCAUGGGGGGGCCUGGGCCUCACACUAAUCUCGGGAUUCUUCUGUACCUUGGCCCCUUCUGUCCAACCUGUCCCGAGGACCAACUGCCCUAAAUCCAGACCCGAGAAUGGGACAGUGUGCUAAAAAAACAAACCCAUACAUAUAUAUAUAUAUAUAUAAAUAUAUAUAUAAUAUACAUAUAUAAAACAAAACUAACUCAAGAUGAUGCCAGUGCCAAGGUAGAGUUGAGUUGGCUCAGGCACCCGCAUCUCGUCGGACUUUGUGUUGCCUCAUCACUGAGAUGGGGAAAGCGUCCCCGUCACGUGGCUCUUCCAUCAUUUCUUAACUUUUGGCUCCACGGUUUUUUGAAGACAGAGCGAACAUCACCACUUGUGAUAGCGUCCUGAUCCCAUCACUCACGAGGAUGGGGUGGUGGGCUGGGAAAGGACAGUGCCAGUGGUCUGAAGCGGCACGGAUGUAGAGAAGGAGGUACCAUCCAUUGGGCCAGCCGUGAGGACACCACCCCAACGCCGAUCGUGUUGCAGAGAAACAAAGCCCUUAGUUCAUAGAAUGUAACCACAUCUUUGACGUCAUUUGCAGAUCACUUCUCCUGAUCGUCCUGUUCUGAUUCCCUUCCUGGCCCACCAGCAACACACAAGAAGUGGAAGAGAAAACAGACUGAGAAGGAAGUUUUCUCUUUGUUGCCAAACUUUUGGACAAAGUUACAGAGGUGGGAAGGGGGAGAGAACAACGUGCUGAGGGGCAAGAUCCACGUCAAUAAAAGGACACUUCAGUGGAUGCUCAGAAAACCCAGUCUUACCUUCCAGCUGCCUUACAUCCAGUUAAACAAGAGGCCGCCCUACCCCCGACCCCACCUGCACUCCCUGGGCAGAUUGGAGCCUUGGAGUAAUGCUGUGAUGUGUGCGUGUGUGCGUGCGUGUGUGUGUGUGUGUGUGUGUGUGUGUGUGUGUGUGGCUACUUUUGGUGGUUUCCUUUUUUCCUUUUCACCUUUUAAAAUGGAAAGACUUCAUUAUGACUGUUGUCUCUAUCGUUUGUGGUGGUUUCAUGGGCCAGGGCGGAGUCCCGAGACCUAGGAGGAAUAAUGAGGGGCAGGCCAGUGUGGGUGCCCAUUCUGUAGUUUCAGAUCCCUGGAGUGUGUACGUGUGGUGGGUGUUUUCUGAGUGUGGGGUUUUAUUGUUUGUGUUGCAUUUUCUAUUAUUUGUAGUGCAGCUGAAAUUCCCAGAGGGCAGAACUGAGAACAAAAUCACUGGGCAGAGGGCCCGGUGGUCCUUCACAUCACAGUUCUGGGAUGCCACGGGAUUUAGUCCUCUAAAUCUGGAAGUUCAAGACAAAGCUGGGCACAAAGCCAUGAGAGAAGAGGGGGAACAUGGUUCAGGAGGGAGAAGGAACAUUGCCUCUGUUGCUGUUGUACAAGUACGUACCAAACCAGAUCUUCACUCCCCAUCAUGGAAGCUGUCCUUUGUCACUGGACAUCCACCCCUCUCCUGGGGGCGACCUCUGUACAGAUGAAAGAAAAUGGGUCACGUGCAGAGAGAGCAUCUCCAUGCUCCGUGGGCUCAAGUUUGUAUGAUAUUGUGUAAAUUAAUGGCGAACUCCAGACUCUUUCCAUCUUCUUCCUUUCCCUCUUGGUAUUCAAGGCCAUGCAUCCCCAAAUAGCCAUCUUAGUGGCUAGCCCCCAAACAGAGGUGGCAUAAAUCCAGCCCGACGUCUCAGGCUCGUUCGAGCACACUGGCCCUGCAGGUGUUGGCGAACUACCAUGUCAGCCAGAGUCGUGGAAGCUGUAGGGACAAGAGUCUGCCGGGAAGAGUGGGCAGGAGCAGCUGACAGUCACCUCAGUGACCCUGCUGGGGCUGAGCAGCCCCAGGGAGGCAAGGAGUGAAUCCCCGAGCUGUACAGCCAUGGGUCAACCAUGUAGCUGAGAAUUCAGUUGCUUCACAAAUAGAUAUGCUUUGGGCGCUUUGCCAACAGCUCAACAGCCUUCUUUCCCACCCAUGUACCUGUUUCAUCGACCUGUCUCCUGAUCUGUCUUCCUACCAGUCCCCACUUCUCAUCUACUAACCACCUCUCCCUCUUCCAUCCGCCAGGCUAUGAGUCCUGCCUGUCCCCUCAUCUGCUCUUUUUGACUGUGUGUGAGUGAUUCACAUCCAGUUAAGACAUCCCAUGUGCAUGAAUGGGCCUGAAUGUGGGUCUCUGUAUAUGUGUAGCUCCCUGGUGCAUUUUCUGUGUGUUUUUGUCAGUAUGUACCUGGACACGGUUGUGGGUGUGCUACUCAAGGCUUCCUUCCCAGCGACACUGGUCAGCUUCUGCAAAAGGUCUCAUGUGCGCGUGCCCCUUGUAUGGGUAUGCUGAGAGAUGAGGGGUGAGGUGUGGAGCAGGAAACGCUAUUCUCUUCCAAUUGGGCUUCAAAUGAUUUUUUUUAAUAAAGGAUUAAUUCCAUGAGAAGAGAAAUCAUUUUUGGGAAACCCUAACUUUUCUAUUGUAUACAGAAUUAAAAAUUUCUUUUUCUUGGAAAGCUAGAUUUCCCCCUUAAGGGAAAGGCAUGCUAGGGCUUGAGGGAAAAGUGAGAAGCAUCCCAGAUUGAGAGGCUUCGUGUCUUUCUUCCAAGCAUCUUGAGUGGGCUCUGCUGAGCAGGGAGAGGCAGGUGUCCAUGAGCGUCUGUUUGGAGCAGAGGGCCUGUCUGUGACCAGCUGUUUCCCAGGUGCAGGAAAAUGGAGAAAGAAAUUCUACAAGGGGCCACUUGCUAUCAGUUAUUUAAAUUUUUCUUGAGUAACUGUGUUUGAGGACACUGCCUCGCUGACCUGUGACUAUUUAUACCUCCUUUUUUUUUUAUCCCAUGCUUGCCAUAAAUGGAUCAUCCACUCUUUCCAGCUACUAAUCUUUGUGAUUGACCCUUAAUACAGCUUAUUGUGUCCCUUUGAAGCCUUCCUGAAAUGUUAAGAGACUCCUAAGAAAGAAGUAAACCACCUGGGCUUAACUUGCCAUCAGUAGAACAGAGGCUUUGAGCUACUUUGGUAGUGGGGCCAGAUAGGAACAGAUACACUCUGAGGUCUGAUCCUGCUUGGGGCCAAUAAAGCCCCAUACAGAUGGCAAAUCCUUGCCCAGGGGUGGGGGACCGGGGAGGCGGAGGCCGGGGAGGGGCUCAAUCCCUCCAGUGUAGGGAUCCAAGUUAAGACCCGCCGUCCCCACGCUAUUAGUGAGGCUCUGGUGUGGCUAAAGAAGAAGGGAAGGGGGGUGGGGGAAGGAAAAGAGAGCCUCUGCUAACUCCAAAUCAAAGUGGAACCCAACCUACUGAUGGGAUUUAGGGUCGGCAGCUUCAUAAAAGUCCCAGCCCCGACCCCAGGUGAAGUUCAGAUUCCUUACCAGUGUGCAUGCAAGGUCUAUGACCAUGUAUGUGUUUUGAGCUCCAUGUGAAUUAGCCUUAAGCAUGGGGCUUUCAGAUUUCAUUUCCUUCCUUACCCUAUGAGAUUGGGGAUUCAGACAAGUGAGGUGUCUGCCUGGAAAGAGGUCCUAUUUCUUUCUCUCCCCAUUUUGGGAGCUUUGGUUUCUUUAUGUUUCAUUUUCCUCCUUGCUCCCUUCCUCUUUCCUUCUGCAUCAACUUAAAAUAGUCAAUCAAUUAAAAUAGUUAAGGAAUUUGUCUCUGGAGAGGCUCGUACUCUCCAAGCAAACCCCUUCCUCAUUUGUUGUGGCUGUGGGCUUCAGAAGGAGGUCCGUGGCUUCCCGGCAUUGAAAUCUAAAACAUAUUUAAAUGUGCCUAUUCCAGCUUCAAUCCUCCUGAAACCCUCUGCCUUUCAACAAUUUACAUCCUUUCAGCUUCAGGGAUCACAAAGUCAAGAAGACUCAGCAUCACCCAGCCAAGACAAAGCCUUCCUUGUUCACAUGUCCGUAUGCCACCCUCGGAGCCCAUUCUGGCAUAUUCUCUUGUUGGGGUGUGUGGUUCCACCUAACAGUGCUUGCCUUUCCUUUGGUCAGGGAAGGCGAUAUCCUGAAAUUCUUGAGUAUAGGCCCUACCUCUUAACAGUCCUCCACAGUCAUGAUAAGAGGUGUGAAAUGAACCACGUGUGGUUGUUCUGAUUCAACGGGGGAUGUGCUGCUUAGGUCCCUAAAGCUGCCUACCUGAGUCAGACUCAAAGUAAUGAAAUCAAGCCCAUCACCCAGAGGCAUGGACUCUGUCUUCCCCUGGCUUAUUCUGAGAGUGUUAAUUGUUUUUUAAGUAUAUGAGGGGAAGGAGCGAGAAGAAAAUACACUCCGGUCAUCUUUGGUGUGGUUUGUGUGGGUUAUUUGGUUGAUUCUUGCAACUAAAGGGAAGCUGCUUUUCUGAAAGUGUUCCUCCUCCCCCAGGGGCCAACCAUCCCAGUGGACAAAUCCAGCCCUUUCCAGGGCAAUAUGAUGAAUCAAGAGGUGAUUUCACCAUAUUUAGAAGUCAUUGGUGCAUACCAGCCAGGUUGGCUUCUGUGCUAUCUUCUAGCUGGUAUCUGGCAGAGUAAGGGGGCAGGUUUUUAAACAAGUCCCCUUGAGCUGAUGGACAUAAAAGAUUCUGGUGUCUCAAAGCAGUCAACUUGGCGGGCUGCGUUUGGACUCUUUCCGUUGAUGCUUCCAUGGUGCAAAAUGUUUCUUAAACAUUAUUGUUAGUUCUCAGACUACUUUAUUAUUGGCUAUUGGAUUAUUUUUUCUGAAUAAUAGAAAAUUGUAGAGAAUUAGAAAAAUAAAGUACCAAAAAGACAAAAGGAUUGUUUAUAAUUUCAUCACUCAGAGGCAUCAUGAUGACCCCAGUACCUACACGGUGAGUGGUUGUCUUGGGUUGGCACUUGGGGCUAGGAGUGUAGUCUAAGGCUGCAGAACCACACUGGUCUGCAUGGAGUUAACUCGGUGUUCAUAGCAGGAGAAGAGCAGGGCUCUGAGCCCCUAAAGAUGCCAAAGGGACUUUUGUAAAAGGUCAGUGCCAGAGCUUAGGGAUGGGUGGAACAGAGGGAAAAGAUUCCUACGUUCUUUCCUUUUUUUUCUUCUUCUUCUUCUUCUUCUUCUUCUUCUUCUUCUUCUUCUUUUUCUUCUUCUUCUUCUUUUUCUUCUUCUUCUUCUUCUUCUUCU